UUCGCUGGACACAGAGGAGUGAAGACCCAGAUGAAGUGCACGGACCGCCGGGGAAUGACAGCCGCUGUCACCGGGAGUGACAGCCGACCUUUGGAGCGAAGCCGCUGAAAGUCCCAUAAAAAGUCCGACGGGGAUCCAGACCGACCGGGACUAUGCCAGAGAUGGAGAAAGGGAGACCACCAGAAAAUAAACGCAGCAGGAAACCCGCACACCCUGUAAAGAGGGAGAUAAACCAGGAGAUGAAGACGUUCGCGGAGAGCACCAUGAACGAGCUGCUGGGCUGGUACGGCUACGACAAGGUGGACCUGCGAGAUUCAGAGGCCAACGAGAUCCGUAACUACCGGGAGAGAAGGCAGCAUGUGUCUGUGCUCAAAGAAAAUUCUUUGCCAAAACCCAAGAGCUCUGAUGGCAAGAUCAGCCACCCUGUCCUGGCCAUGAAGACUGGAGACAAGGAGGCCUCCAGCGUCCCCUCAUCCUCUUCGCCUUCGUCCUCCUCCGUCAGUACGACCUUGAGCACACCAAAGGAGCACAAGAGCGCGCCAGUCAUCGUCCCACUCAUCAAGCCCUCAGCAGUGGAUGAUGUACAGAACGUGCAGAUUGUGUGCGUGUGGUGCCAGAAAGAAGGAGUGAAGCGUUAUUCUCUCUGUAUGGGAUCAGAGCUCAAGAGCUUCUGCAGCGAGAAGUGUUUUGCUGCGUGCAGACGAGCGUACUUCAAACGCAAUAAGGCUAGAGACGAAGACCUCCAUGGAGAGAGAUCUCCACAACAGUCACAUUCAGAGGACUCACCCAGACUGGUGGUGAAGAUAAACAGCAAUGUCAGAUCUCUCUCUCCCGUGCCGCAGGUAUGCGAUUGGUGCAAACAUGUCCGACACACGAAAGAAUACCUGGACUUUGGAUCUGGUGAAGAUCGGCUCCAGUUCUGCAGCACCAAGUGUCUCAACCAGUACAAAAUGGAUGUCUUCUACAGAGAAGCUCGGGCGGCUCUCACCAGCUCAAGUCCAAGCCGUGGCAGCCAGGAAGGGAGGUCAGAUAGCAGUGCAGUGGGCCAAAAGCUGCUCACACCUGAUUCCUGGAACAACGGUGGUGUGACAGGGGAAAGUCGGCAUCGAGCGCAGUCCCCUAAAGUUCCCACAACGAUACAUGCAUCAGCAGAAUCCACUUCUAUUUCCAUGUCUGAGUCGGCUGCUUCUUCAAAGCCUCCCAAUUCUGGACCGAGGAGCUUAGACAAACCUGUUCAACCACCUCCUCCUCAUGUGGAUUUGUCCCCUCAUCCUUUAUCGAUUCCCCCUCCUCCUCCACGCAUGCCCAUGGAACAUCAGCCAGUGCCUCAAAUCCCCAUCCCGUUCAUUAGACCUCCACUUCAUGCUCAGGGCCUCAGAAGCCCGCUUGCCAACCAUCCCAGAAUCCCACUGCCAUCUUCAAGUCCGAUCCAUAGGCCUCCACAUUCACCUCACCUGCAGCCCCCCACCGCCUCUGGUAUGAAUCCUCCUGGACUGAUGCAUCCAUUCCCAGGUGCGUACUUCCCUGGUUUGCACUCCCCACCUAUAAACAUGAUACCCAGAGGUCCUGUCCCAAUGCCUCCGAUGAUGAACUUUGGUAUUCCAUCAUUCAGCCCACUUCUGCCUCAGCCAACUGUCCUCGUGCCUUACCCAGUAAUUGUCCCCUUACCUGUUCCGAUACCCAUUCCCAUUCCUAUUCCAGUCCCUUCUAAGGUGACCCCAGACCCUCAAAGUCACAGUGGAGUUAUCCACACUCUGCCAGAUGGAGUGGACAGGAGUAGAUCUAUUGCUACCAGGCCAUCAUCUCCUGUAAUUACAGAGGGGCAGGGCCAUUUGUUAGCUGAAAGAUUUUGUGGAAGCAAGGGUGCGGCCUUAUCCUCGGACCUCAGCAGCAGUGAAACAGAUUGGGUGAAAUCAGAAAAGGCAUUUCCAUCUCCUAUCUCCACUCCCCACAAUGGGUCACCAUCACCAAGAACACAGUAUAGCACAUCUCCCUGCUCCGUCCCGGGGUCUGAGAGUCUGGCAGAAUUGAAGCAUCAGCAUUCAGAGAGACAGGUCAUACAGAGAAUAGGUCAACGAACCCAGGUCAAGCUGGAGCCUAGUGCCAACUCCAUUGUAGAGAUGGAGUCAGGACCUGGCCAUGGUACUAGAUCCAGUGUGCAUGACAUCAUUAGACCUACUUUUACGAAGUCUCCCUCUAAUGACACUGUAUACCAACUUAAGGACUCCCACGCCUCACCAUCUAAUACCCCAUCCAGCCCUACUGGGAGCAACCAUCAGUAUGACACUAUGCCUUCUGCCCUGAAGUCUCAGAACCAUGGUCCAAUUGGGAUUAACACCAUGUUAUCCACAUCAACUAGUUCAGACUCAUUUCUACCCCAGAGGUUACCAGCACCGGCCACAGAUGCAGCACUGAGUGAACAUGAGGCCAUCAAAGAGAACAAAUGCUCCGUGGUCAGCCAGACACGAGUUGAAAGUCAAUCAAAUCAGCCUGAAGAGCCUCUGGCUGUCGUUGGGGAGGUUGGAGAGGACCCGCAUGUUCCGGAUGAGGACCACGCAUACGCCCUUCCCACGGCCCAGAAGGCAGGUGGUAACACCACCCCGCUCCUCUUGCCCAAACUCAGGGACAAGGGAAGUUUGCGGAGCCCGGCCAACAUCCCAAGUGUCGGAGACAUGGAGCCUGCUUUGAAGCGACGAUGCCUUCGAAUCCGGGAUCAGAAUAAGUAGAUAAAGACCAGGAGCCCUGUUGACACUGUCCGGCAGUGCCAGAUCCAGUGCCCUCUAGUGGACGACACCAGUGCGACACCCUCUGUAGACCAGCAGGGGGCCGACACAGGAUGCAGACCAGAUGGCCAUAUUAUCACGAGGAAGAGCACAACACAGUCACAGUUUUUUGGACCAAACGGCCACGCUAAUAUGGACCAUCUCGGAUCUUUCCCGGUGUGAGAGUGUGGCUGCCCAGAUGUGCUCUUCCUCCUCCUCGUCUUCUUCGCCCCGUCUUCGCUCACAGAUCAGCCCUGUGUGGUCUUCUCAGAUUGAGCCUGAACAUGAUCUCUUUCCAGGGGAAAUGGUUUGUUUUUCUCUGCCCGGCUCGCACAAAGAGCCACAUUGUUCCUCCCCUACGUGUACCACGCUGACUCCCCACUCCAGGUUUUGGGUUACCUGGCUGACGGGGGCUCAGACUUCAGGAGCGUUUUUAUUUUUUUGACCGACGGCCAGGAAUAUAGUCUAACCCUUCUACCCCAGUCCACCUCCCUGCCCAAUCUAAAUACAGUAACGGCGCAGCGCUGAGGUUUGAUUCCUCACAAGCGACUCUGAUUUUUUUUUCUCUCAACACAGAAGACUGAGCGGCCAAACUGUGUUCUGUACAAUGUAUGAGGAGGAAAUAUAAAAUCUACUGAUUCAGCAGUAGCUAGGAAACGUCUGUGACAUUUGAGGUCGUCCUGAUGACGCUGGUUUAUGAAUGUGUGAUUAGACAGAUUAUAUCCGUAAGCCAAAGCUUGGAGAGCAUCUUCAUCAUCAUCAUCAUCAUCAUCAUCAUGAAAAUAUGUCAGUCCAGAGUGAAUAAAAAAACUAAUGCCACAACGGAUGACACACAAAUUUGUGUCAGGAACCUUUGAUAUGAUGGUAGUCCAACCCCGGAUCUGGGGUUGGUUCAGUGUCCUCAUAAGGACCCUAAUAAUGAGUCCACCCCGGUGAGGAAAGAGCUCGGCGCUCAACCCGACUCUCGUUCCGACUCUCACCUGUGGUCACUCGGUGGAGGCAGAAAGAGCUGCAAUUCUCUGCAGCUUUUCUGGAUUCCCUUUUUUGGAGGGAGGUUGGAACUUCCACUCCACCACACUGGGAGGUGCCGUUAAAGGACACCCCACCAGUGAGAUGUUCCUUCAGAGGGAUUUGAAACUGCAAAUUUGGUGAAACCAAAAGGAAUUCCAGCCCAUUUUGUAAACAACAAGCAACGUUGUUUUGCCUGUGGGUGCAGGUGGAUGAGGUCAUCAUUAGUUUUGGUAUGUGUGAUGGAACCGCACAUCGCAUUCUGGCACAUCAGGCAUAAUAAGAUAUCUAGUGAUAACUUGGUAUUGGACAUUCCUACAAGGUGGUUUAGGGUUCUUGAGUAUUAGUUUGUGUCUCUUGAGUCCAGGUGAAGAAAGAGCUGAGCUAAAAAGAAGGCAAAAUAAGCUUCCUCAGCUUCCUCUCCAACCCAUCGGUCAAACCCUUGAAUCUACAGCCAUCGGUUGAAGAAGUCGCUGCCAAAUGAACGUCAUUCAAGCGUGGCUUUUUGUUCACUCUGGGUUAAAACGGCACAACAUCACCAUGAAACAGAAUGUCUGUACUUUGUGUCACGAUUGAAACGAAUGACUGGGUCUCAUCCCUGCAGGUCCAUGUACCAAAUGUUGUAACGCUGUAUUCAUCACCCAAAGUUAACUGCAGUGAGCAGCCAUCAGUAUUACUCUAGGAGUCAAUCGCUUCUCUGUCAGGAUUUGUCCUUUUGUUUUUCCUUGUAUUUGACCUUUUUUUUAAAAUCCAUUUUUAAGCAUAUUGCCAAGGGUUUCACGCAAAUUCAAAAACCUUUUUAUCUUGUAAAGGUGUGUUGCAUUCACUUGAGGAAGUACAUUGGCGAUAGAACAUUUUAAUUUUAAUUAUAUAAAUCAUUAUGAUAAUUUCGUCAUAUUAUUAUAGCAUGUAAUACAUAUAUCUAUAUAUAUUUGUAGAAUUAUAUUUCUAUGAAUUUGAUAUUAACAAUAAUAUAUUAGUAUUACGUCAGCCACAUAUUUUAGUAAUGAUAACUCUGUAAAGCAAAGUAACACAAUCGGAUAUAUUUGAUGUGUCGGUAGCAUAGAUUUAUUUUGCUGAAUUUUUAGUGAAGAAAAUAAAGUGAAACAUCUUAUCAUUCAAACAUAUAUAGUUGAGAAAAAGGACACUGUUUUUUUUAAUGUUAUAUUCUAUUUAAUAGGACCUAUAUUUCCUACUCAACAACAAAGAAAUGUUUUCUUUUUCUUUUUAAUGUUCAUCCUCAAGUAGAUGCAACACCCCUAAGUGAAAGUGUUUUACUGUCUGUCGCCACUCGAGGUCAGUGUUUGCCUGUUCAGCUGCCAGUCGCGUUCUAACUAGGUGCCAACUGCAAAGCGAGCAGCUGACGUCAUCGCAUCCUCUAAACUGAACCGCAGCUGCCCCUCUGAAGAUCAACAUUGAAUGUGACCCCUGCCAUCAUUCCAAAUACGUGUGCUUGUGUGAGUCCUGUGGAAGCAUCGUCGCCCCUCUCAUUCCAUCCCCACUCCGAGCCUCAUCUGGACACUUCAGCCGUGACAUCACUCACAAAAUAACUCCUGACAACAUAGGCCAAGAAUAACCCGAAAAAUAUAUACAAAUAUAUUUUGGUUUUGUUGCACACGUUCAGUUUGUGUUGUCUAAUUUGGGUACCUUUGUGUGUUGUUCACACACUUUGACUCACUUGUUGUUUGUAUGUGCAUAUAGAUUCAAUAGCCAAGAAAUAU